AUGUUGCUUUAUGUUAAGACCAAACAGUAGUCUCCUGACAUCAACAUGUCGUCUGUAACAAACACUCAGACUCUGGUGGACUUAGAUCCUCCUGUCCUUGAGGAAAAGUCAAAGGGGAAAUCAUUAUUUCAGUUGGGCCCCCUCUUUGCUAGCAGGAGUGAGAAAUUUGUAAUUGCCAGGAGUGACAGUGUACCAGAAGAAAAUGUACUGAAAAUAACCAUCACCGAGACUACAGUCAUUGAGUCGGACUUGGGCAUCUGGAAUUCUCAUGCUCUGAUCUACCUCACAUUGUGGUUUUUCUUCAGCUUUUGUACCCUUUUUCUUAACAAAUACAUUCUUUCACUGCUGGAAGGAGAGCCCAGCAUGCUAGGUGCUGUUCAGAUGCUUUCAACCACUUUCAUUGGCUGCAUAAAAAUGUUUGUUCCAUGUUGUUUGUACCAGCACAAAACACGUAUCUCUUACCCUCCCAAUUUCAUCAUGACAAUGCUGUUUGUUGGACUGAUGAGGUUUGCAACCGUGGUUUUAGGUCUAGUAAGCUUGAAAAAUGUGGCUGUUUCAUUUGCUGAAACAGUUAAAAGCUCUGCACCUAUUUUUACUGUCAUUAUGUCCCGGAUGAUUUUAGGGGAAUACACUGGAUUGCUGGUGAAUCUGUCUCUCAUUCCUGUCAUGGGAGGAUUAGCUCUAUGUACAGCCACUGAAAUCAGUUUCAACAUUCUGGGUUUUUCGGCAGCUUUGUCUACUAACAUCAUGGACUGUUUGCAAAAUGUUUUUUCCAAAAAGCUGCUCAGUGGAGACAAAUAUAGGUUUUCUGCUCCAGAACUUCAGUUUUACACAAGUGCUGCUGCAGUUAUUAUGCUCAUUCCAGCUUGGAUAUUUUUCAUGGAUGUGCCAGUGAUUGGGAAAAGUGGAAGGCGUUUCAGUUACAACCAAGAUGUCAUUGUACUGCUCCUAAUAGAUGGAGUCUUGUUCCAUUUGCAGAGUGUUACAGCAUAUGCCUUGAUGGGAAAGAUUUCUCCUGUAACUUUCAGUGUUGCUAGUACUGUGAAGCAUGCGUUGUCAAUCUGGCUAAGUAUUAUUGUGUUUGGUAACAAAAUUACAAGCCUCUCAGCCAUUGGGACAGUUCUAGUAACAAUUGGCGUUUUGCUAUAUAACAAGGCAAAGCAACAUCAGCAAGAAACAAUACAAAGCCUGGCAGUGGCAGCCUCACAACCCUCACAGAGCACAACUGAAGAUACCAAGCCACUAAUAUCCAAGGAUUUAAAGCCAUAUGAUUGA